GAUAUCGAUCCAUAAAGUUUUAAGUUGUAAAACCCCCACCAGUGGAUAUCAUUAUUUCUCUAGGCUUAUCAUAUCUGCAAUUAAAUGUCAACAGUUUCAAAUGAGUACUAAUUCAGUUAAAGAGCAUCAUAAACUAGCUAUAGAAAGAUUACACAACUGGUUGUCUAACAAUGAUCUGCCAUUGAAAUCGAAUUGCAAAAGUACAUCAAAUGAAUGCUUCACUUAUGAGUACACUUGCUAUGAUCCUUCGACACAAAAACCUUUAGUACGCUACAACCCAACUACUAGUUUACAACUGGAUGAAAUGGCGGUUAAUGCGUGUAAAGCUCAAAAACAAUGGGUUGAUCUGCCACUUUUAGAACGCGCGAAGCGUCUACGGAAAGUGGGUGAUCUUAUUCGUAAUGAAGCAGGUUGGCUUUCUGAAUUAGAAACACUGGAUACUGCUAAACCCCUUUGGGAGGCUCGGGCAGAUAUUGAAGCAUGUGCUGAUUCAUUUGAAUUAUUUGCUGGUUUCAUUCCAAAUUUUACUGGUGUUCAUGUUCCUGUUCCACCAAAUCCUGGCAGUUUCUACUACACUAGAAGAGAACCAUUCGGACUUUGUGCUGGUAUUGGUGCUUGGAAUUUUCCUUUCCAGAUGGCUGUAUGGAAAUCUGUCCCUGCCUUGGCAGCUGGAAAUGCAUUCAUUUUUAAACCAUCCUCUUUAACUCCAUUGACAGCUGUUCGUUUAUAUGAAUUGUAUAAAAUGGCUGGAUGCCCUGAAAAUCUGUUUCAAAUUGUCCUUGGAGGUGCUGAACUUGGACAAACGCUUAUCAAUCACCCUUUGGUUUCAAAAGUAUCUUUUACAGGUAGUACUGCAGCUGGUCGUUGUAUUCUUCAAGCUACUGCAAAUCGAAUUGUACCAAGCACAGUUGAACUUGGCGGAAAAUCACCUUUGAUUAUAAUGCCAGAUGCUGAUUUAGAUGAAGCUGUUAAAGGCGCUUUAAUGGCUAAUUUCUAUAGUCAAGGACAGGUGUGUUCAAAUGCUGCUCGUGUCUUUGUUCAUCAGUCGAUUAUGGCAUCAUUUACACAAAAACUUGAAGCAACAGUUAAGAAUAUGUUGGUUGGUGAUCCAUUUGAUCCAUGCACUUCAAUGGGUGCUUUGAUUAGUCCCCAGCAUAGAGAAUCAGUUUGCAAUUAUAUACAAUCAGCUGUUUCUGAAGGAGCCAAUCUUUUGAUUGGCGGUGAAAAGCCAAAAUUCGACGGUGAUAAUAAUGAUUUAAAUGGUGGUAAUUAUCUGACACCGUGUAUCCUUACUAACUGUCAUGAUGAUAUGAAAGCUGUAAAAGAAGAAAUAUUUGGUCCAGUAUUAACAUUGUUAUCAUUUGAUACAGAGGAUGAAGUGAUAGAACGUUCAAAUAAAAGUGAAUUCGGUUUGGCUGGUGGUGUAUUCACACAAAAUCUAACCACUGCACAUCGUAUAGCAUCACAAUUACAGUGUGGUUCAGUGUAUAUUAACAGUUUUAAUGUUUAUCCACCAGGUAUUCCAUUCGGUGGUUAUAAAGCAUCUGGAUUUGGUCGAGAGAAUUCAUUUGACACAUUACUCGCUUAUAGUCAAUUGAAAUCAGUGUAUGUUGAAGGUGGAUCACUACCCGAUCCAUUUCCUUUGACGCUUAAAUAAAUAGUUAAAGUGUGAUCAAAUGUAUUAUCGAUAUAUUUACGCAUUGUUGACUUCAGAUUCUAGUCAUUAUUAUUAUAUUUUUUUUGUUUUGUUUUAAUAACAUUCUAUUUAUUAUUUCAGUUGAUUUCAAAUUUUGAAUAAACACUUAAUAUUAUUUUGACACAAAGGUUGUGUAACUGUUUUCCUUAAAAAUUAUAAGUAAUUCUCAUGUAUUAAUGAGAUGUAGACAUGCUCUUGCAAAACUUUGAAAUUUUACUUUCCAAUACACUUAGUAUGGCUAUAGUUGAUAUUAUUUUGCUGGCAGACAAGAGGUUUUUUGGUCUACAUUGAUAUAACACUGUCGAUGAAGCGGUAAAAUAU